AUGGCGGAUAAUACUCCCACCACUGCGAAUGACCUGCUCAACGGUGCUGCACAAGCAGCAAGAAGCCCCGAGGAAAUCGCCAAAGACAACGAUCUCCUUCCUCGACUCAUCACUCACCUCGAUAGACAUUUGAUCUUCCCUUUGUUACAGUUCGUCGCAGAUCAAGAUGAGGAACCGGCGCCAGAAAUUACCAAGGCGAAAUUUGAGUUGUUGAAUAAGACCAACAUGACAGAUUAUGUGGCAAGUCUGUACUGCGAAAUUGAGGGAGUUGAGGAGCCACCAAAGGAAUACGCAACCAAGAGACAAGAAAUUCUCCAAAGGCUAGAAAUUUUCGGACAAGAGAGCGAGAAGAUCACAGAUUUGCUCGGCAGAGAGGAUGUUGUUACCGGCUUGAGAAGCGAUAAGGUUGCUAACUUGGAGUUCUUGAAGAAGGAGCAUGAUGUCACAAUUGAGAUGGUCAACGUCUUGUAUGACUUUGGUAACUUCCAAUACAGCUGUGGAAAUUACGGAGCCGCCGCCGAACUCCUUUACCAAUUCAGAGUCCUCUCUACUGAUGACGACAAAGUCACUGCAGCAACAUGGGGUAAAUUGGCUUGUGAGAUCUUGACUGGAAACUGGGAAUCCGCCAUGGAGGAAGUCCAAAAGGUGAAGGAAUUGAUCGAGACCAAACUCUUCAACAAACCUCUCGCACAACUUAACCACCGAACCUGGCUCAUCCACUGGGCUUUGUUCCCAUUCUUCAAUCACGAACCCGCUCGUGAUGUUAUCUGCGACCUCUUCUUCUCCCCAGCUUUCAUCAACACCAUUCAAACCGCCUGCCCAUGGAUCCUUAGAUAUUUGACUGCUGCAGUUAUCACCAACCGCAAUCGUACACGUAACACUGGUCAAUAUCAAAAGCAACUCAAAGACAUCAUCCGUAUCGUCAAGCAAGAGAACUACGAAUAUUCCGACCCAGUCACUGAUUUCAUCAAGGCUCUAUACCUCGACUUCGAUUUCGAAGAAGCACAAAAGAAACUUUCCGAGGCCGAAGAGGUUCUCCGUUCCGAUUUCUUCCUUGUCGCAGCCUCGGAGAACUUUGUUGAGGCAGCAAGACAUUUGAUCAGCGAAAGCUACUGCAAGAUUCAUCAAAGAAUUGAUAUCAAGGACUUGAGUGCAAGAUUGGGCUUGAACCAAGAUGAGGGUGAAAAGUGGAUUGUCAAUCUCAUCAGAGAUACCAGAGUUGACGCCAAGAUCGAUUACAAGGAAGGAACAGUUGUCAUGAACCACCCACCAAGCAGCGUAUAUCAACAAGUAAUUGAGAGGACAAAGGGAGGAUUCUUCAGAACACAAGUUCUAAGCGCAGCUGUUGCGAAGUGA